CUCUAAGAAGAAGAAUCCACUACGUUUGCAGCGUCACGUGUCAUUUAGCUGCGCUCAGCGUCGUGUGGUAGAUAUGAUACAGUCUGACACUUUUAACGAUUAAAUAUACCUUAAUAUUACCCUUCAAGAUGAGUACAAUGUUUGCAGAUACCAUUCUGAUUGUAUUCAUAUCAGUUUGUACAGCUCUUUUAGCUGAAGGGAUUACAUGGGUGCUGGUAUAUCGCACGGAUAAAUACAAGAGACUAAAGGCGGAGGUGGAAAAACAGAGUAAAAAGUUAGAGAAGAAGAAAGAAACCAUUACAGAGUCUGCAGGCCGGCAACAGAAGAAGAAAAUAGAGAGACAAGAGGAGAAACUAAAGAACAACAACAGGGAUCUCUCGAUGGUGCGAAUGAAGUCCAUGUUUGCCAUUGGCUUCUGUUUUACCGCUUUGAUGGGAAUGUUCAACUCGAUUUUUGAUGGGCGAGUUGUGGCCAAGUUGCCCUUUGUACCCUUGUCGUACAUCCAGGGCCUGUCUCACCGCAAUCUUCUUGGAGAGGACUACACCGACUGCUCCUUUAUAUUCCUCUACAUCCUUUGCACUAUGUCCAUCAGACAGAAUAUUCAGAAGAUGCUGGGUCUCGCACCCUCUCGGGCUGCUACAAAACAGGCAGGCGGCUUUUUGGGACCCCCUCCUCAAGCAGCCAAAUUCUCCUAAUCUCUAUUGAUGACUUCUGUGUAUUGUUCUGGCUGACUAGAGGAGAUCAGGGAUGUUGGAAACAUAACUAUUGCUGUCCCAUAGCUUUCUGUUAACAUUUGUUAACCUGUUUUUACAAGGUUCAGUCUGGAGAUGGGGCGUCAUUAAAUUACCUACCGGUUUUUGUUUAUAUUUUAAAAUCUUAUUUAAAAGUGACAUGUAAUUAAUGUAGCUCACACUUCCAUGAUAUAAGGUGUCCGUUCAAUUUGUUUUUGUUUUUAGUAGGCUAUUUCUGUGCUAUAUGCAUUUUCUAGUGGAAUGGAUGGUUUGUAAUUGCAUUUGAAAUUGUAGAUUCCAGUUCCAAUCUCCACACAGAACACUUUCUGAAGUAUUAGCCGGAGUCUUCUCUAAGAGAUGAUUAUACCGAAAGGUUCAAUGUGUGUACUUAAAUGGAUUUUUUAAAAUCUUUGUUCUGCUUUCCCAUAUCAAAUGUAUUGUAUUCCAAUCAGAUACACUACUGUUCUUAAAUGAAUAUUGAAGUGUUAAAAGGUGUAAAAACCCUGAGUGUGUUGGUGUUCCCAUGGUUGGUGAGGUUUAGAGUGAGUCCUCUAUGAAAUAAAAUUGUUUUUUUCCUUUUAAAA